UUCAAGUCUACUUUAUAUUUGCUAUAAGAUGAUUACUCAUGCAGCGGGUUUGAAAGAGCAUACUGAGGAUGCAAUUGCAAUGUUAUAUGCAAUGAUUGACUUAUAUUCUGUGGACAACCAAGAACCCCCAUCGAUCACCCUAACGGAUUCCAAUGUUGGUUGUACGACGAAAGACACACCUACAGCUGGUAGUUCAAAGCAAGUAUUCAGUCCACAUGUUGUGAGAGGAAAAGGCAGACCCCCAUAUUUGAGGAGAGCAUCUAGGAUGGAGAAAGACAUGCAGAAAGUUAAAGCGAAGACAAAGAAAGCACCAGUAAAGAGGAAAACGAGAUGGACGAGAUAUACCAGUUAUGGAUACUUGCAGGAAUUUAUUUGGCCCUUCAGAGAUAGAUAUGUCUACAGCAGGUGGCAUGCAGUUUGUUCCAGACAGCUCAGCUUUUGACAUAAGUGGAACCCAGCUCCAAGAAACAGUGAUUCCGAG